UGUAUGUAUUUCGCAAAACCAUCCAUUUCACUUUACAAGUUGGUGUGUUUUUUCGUCGCGUGUAAUUAUAUUUAUGCGGAAAAUAUUUCCUGCGUUAAUAAAUUUUCAUUUUAAUUAAAAUCAGCUGGCAGAAAAUUUUCUUUAAGAGAAUAUUUUAGAAAACCUGAAAUGUUAAUAAUGUAAUACAAGUUUUGCCUAUUUUUGCGUACACCAUUAGGGAGGCCACCAAGUUUUGUUGUUUGUCAAAUUUGCCGCCGAUUUUUCCAGGUGAAAACUAAAUUAGCAGGCAUAAAAGCGAUAUGUGUACAUUUGAAUAGUACAUACAUAAAGGACGUAAAUGAUAGUUAAGAAUUGAACGCUUUUGAGAAUGACAUUACCAGCUUUACCAGGACAUUCCCUAAUAUCUGCUCUUGAUUUCAAAAAUUACGAUACAAUGUCUUCUACUAACCCUGACCGUCAGCAAACUAGUGAUGCUCUGCGUCUACAACAAAUAAUGCAACAUCAAAUACCACAAGACAUAACAACAACACAGUUACCCGCUUUACAAGAACAAAAUAGAACAGUAACGAAUAAUAUGCCAAUAUUAGCAGAGGUACACCGAGAGAAGUUAUCACAAAAGCAAGUUGAAAUCGAAUUUCCAACCUCGACAGCAUCUGCUACAAUUUUCUCAUCAAGCGACUUGGCAAUGGAGUGUAUGAUGCCAAGCAUUUAUCUUUCAAAAAACUUUUUAGCAUGGAAUGAGGAGAAUUUACGUUCGCACGGUUUUACACACAUCAUUAUAAUAGAUAAACAUAUACAGGAAUUGUAUUAUCCAUCUCCGCUAUUUAAAAUAUCGACUGUGAAUACAACAGUAGAGGCAUUCGAUACGUUUGAGUACUUCAGUAAUUCAUCAAGUUCAUCACUCAAAUUUGGUAAAGAAUUUGAGGCAAUUGAUUUAAAUUUUGGUGAAAAGUCAUACUUGACUACAGUUUUACCGAAUUGCUAUCGAGCAGUUAAAUUUAUAAAUAAAGCACUACAAGCGUGUGGUACAAUCUUAGUAAUCGAUUGUAAUGGCAGUGAUCAAAAAUGUCUUACAAUUAUUGUGGCAUUUUUAAUGUAUAAACAUAAUAUAAGUUUUAGCAAAGCAUUUGCGCGUCUUAAGGAGUACUACAAAAAAGCUGAUUUAGAUCGAUUUUAUAUGACUCAAUUAUACGAAUAUGAGCCAAUACUCCAAGUACAGCGUGCACAAUCUCGUGGUCAAAGUUGUUCACGUGAAAUGUACUCGGCUAUAUUAAAGCGUAAAAAAGUUGUCGAGGAAGAUGAAGAUGCGAGUGUAAUAGAUUUGACUGAUAAUUAUCUGAAAACAAAUAGUACUGAGAAAAAUAGAAGUGAAUUCUUCAAUGCAUUUAAUCCGUUAACAAAUUUUAAUACUUCUACAACGACAACAAAUGUGGAAAUAGAUACAAAUGUGGCGAACACAAGCAUACUAAAUACACGAAAUACAGCUAAUCAGCACAAUCAAUUCUUUACAUCACACACACUUAAAGAGUCUAAUAACUAUGACUUACAUAAACAGCAAGCAACAUUAGAGGUUUGUAAAAACGACUACUGUAAUGCCUUCGAUGAUUAUGCCAUGGAGUAGUAUAUUUGGAUAGCUGCAAGAAAACUGCAAGUACUUUUCCAACCAACUAACAAGUCAGUAAUUUAUUUAUUUUUUAUUUUUUUUUUGUAAAUAUUCAUAUAUUAUGUAUUUAGCCGUAUAAGUUAGUAUAUG